AUGCGUCUUGUGAUUGCUGUUGAUGCUACCCAUUUGAAGUGCAAGUACAAAGGUGUUUUGUUUGUUGCCACCGCAUUUGACGGAAAUCGUAAUAUAUAUCCUCUUGCCUUUGGGAUUGGAGAUUUAGAGACGGAUGCGGCUUGGGAGUGGUUUUUCACAAAACUACAUUGUGCAAUUGGUGAUUGCUCGAAUCUUGUUGUCAUAUCUGAUCGAAAUCUUAGCAUAGAAAAUGGGUUGAAAAGAGUUUUUCCUGAGGCAGCACAUGGUGUUUGCUUUUAUCACUUGAAGGGCAAUAUGAAAGCCUCAUUUAAGUUGAAGAAGCGGGAUCCGAUAUUGGGGUUUUUUGUGCGGGCGGCUAAGUCUUACCGUCUAGCAGAGUUCAAUCGUUAUUUCUCCAUGAUAAACAAUGAGCGAGUGCAAACUUAUCUAGUACGUGCAGGGCUCCAUAAGUGGUCUCGAGCCCAUUGUGAUGGACGACGAUAUAAUGUCAUGACAACUAAUAUUGCAGAGUCCAUUAAUUCAGUUCUUCGUUUUGCAAGGAUGCUUUCGGUGGUACACUUGAUUGAGGAAAUUAGGAAUAUGCUUCAGAAUUGGUUUAGUCAAUGUCGAGAUUUGUCAAUGAAAUGUAAAUCUAUGUUGUGCCCUGAUUUAGGUGAAAAGAAGUUGAGGAAGAGAUUAGACGCUGCUUCGAGGAUGAAUGUGGUUAAAACCAAUGAUAUGGAGUAUAAUGUGCUUGAUGGUGAUAUGAACGGUCUCGUGCAAUUGCAAAACUAUAGUUGUACGUGUAGGAAGUUUGACUUAGAGCAACUCCCGUGCAAGCAUGCUAUUGCGGUAUGUCGGCACUUGAAAUUGAACCCAUACUCAUUUGCCUCUUCGUAUUACACUCGAGCUACAUGGGCAGCUGCAUAUGCUGAAUCCAUUUAUCCUGUACCACCUCAAGGGACAUGGGUUAUUCCCGAAAAUGUCCAAAAUGUAAAUCUCCUCCCUCCUAUUUCAAAGGUUAUGCCGGGCCGUCGUAAGACGCAAAGAAUACCUUCUAAAGGAGAGGACUCGCAAGAAAGAAAAUGGUCAAGGUGCGGUGUGAAGGGCCACUAUCGAAGUACAUGCAAAGAAGUUAUUCCCGUCACUAACAAGAAGCAGAUCAUUUAG